CCACGUCGGCAUCAUGUAGAUGGUGGACUGGAAGGGGAUGCAGAAGAGCAGUCUCUGUCAGCAGCAUGGGCCAGCAUCUAGGAAAGAGGGAGUUGCCCACAGACAGCAAGGCUUCGUCGCCUGAACCUGAAGCAGAGCAGAGAACAGCAACAGCAGCAGAACCUGAAUCACAAGAUGAAGUGUUUGGCCUGGGUGAGGCAGAUGCGAACCAGAACAAUGGCUGCGUCUCGGAGAAGCCGGUGGUGACUGACUCCACGGGCGCUGAGGGCCCCCGCCAACCCUGGACCUCUGCCAGCACAGCUGACCCUGACGCCGCCACACCACGCCCCCACCUGGUCCGCCUCUUCUCCCGAGAUGCCCCGGGCCGAGAGGACAACACCUUCAAAGACCGACCCUCUGAAUCGGACGAGUUGCAGACCAUCCAGGAGCACAGCGGAGCGGCUUCAGAGUGUGGGUCGGACAGCCCCGAACAGGACCUAGACUAGGCUAGCUUUUUUUUUUCCCUCCCUCUCCUCUCUUUUCUCUUUUCCCUCCUCUGUCCUUCACUCUCUUAUUUAAGAGAGACAAGAACCCCACAUUUGACAAAUACGAAUAUAUACUACCAAACUACUACUACCAUGGCAUCUGCAAGCAGCUCUGCACAAGCCGCCUUCGGACUGGGCCGGAGGAAGAAGAACCCCGGCCUCCUGGAUCAGAUUGGAAAGUUCUUUGGAGGGGACAAGAAGAGGAAGAGCAAGGUGAGGAAGCAGGGAGGGUCGAGGUGAAAACUCGACCCUUCUCAAGUAUCUCAGUUCAUUCUGCUGAUUCGCUCCCAGAACCACUUUUUACUUCUGAUUCUUUAACAGAUCAUGUAAGAAUAUUUGUAAUAGUUUUGUGUUUUACUGUUGUUUUUAUGGUGAACCAAAGUCUGACAUUGUCUUAAGUUUCACGUUAACCGGCAUAACAGGUUAUGAAUUGAUAGCGGAUAAUGACUUUGGCUGGGGUUUGUUUUAUUUUUUGUUACAAAGAGGCUGUGACUUUGAAUCAUUUAAGAAUUAAUACCCGUAUUGUUCUGUUUUUCUUUUAUUUGAAUGGUACUGACAUUAGUAGCAUUAUUCUCUAUAUCUGUUGUAGGUGACAUAUAGUCUAAUAUAAGUGAAUGGUGGAUUUGUUCACUCUUUGCUGCCGUAGUGCAGUUUGUUUAUUGGAACAUUUGUCAAACUGGAGUUAAGAACAGCUGUGUUGCAGUUCAGCUAUGUCCCUAAAUGAUAAUGAUGAUUAUGAUGAUGUGAGAGAUGGGGAACUUUAUGCCUGCAUCAUUAAGAUGUAAUACUGGUACAUAAUUUUGCAUUUUAGUGGCAUUAGGUACUCUGCAGAGAGUGAGUUUCUUUGAUUUCUCUGUCUCUGGGCUAAUAUUUAAACAUCUGUGAUAAGUCAGCCAUAGGGAAGUGCUCUACUACUGUUUGCACACACGGUACAGCAAUCUGCUAAGUCACUUUCAAGUUAAUGAUGACAUUAUGGUAUGUAUGAUCAAAGAGAAAUAUUUUAAAAUGUAAUGAUAUGUUAGAUUAGGAGCAUAUUAUCAUCCCUGGUUUGGGAAUAUAUACAAGAGUCUAUAAAGUAAGAACAGGCUUAUCUUAUCUUGCAGACGAGUGAUUAUUUCAGCCUGCAGUGCUAUUUUAUUACUCUGCACUUUAGUGUUGUCAAGAUACCAGAAGUUUGACUGUUAGCAUCUUAGUGUGACACUCAACCUCACUGAUCAGACCCAUGUUGUCCAAAAAAUGAAUAAAUAAUGUUGGCUUAGUGUCCAUUUUUGCUAUUGUUCCAUGUGUAGCUCCUGGCACCAGUUUGUCCACCAGUUUAGGCAGACUGGGAUCCAGUUCCAGACAUGAUGGACUGCUUGGCACUGUUGCCACGGCUAUUAGGAACUAGACAGCAGCUCUGUUGGUUCCACUGAUUUUCAGGCCCUGGGCCAUGUGCUCAGUGAUGCCCUCUGGAGGCAGUGAUGAAAUGAAAAUUUGAAGCUUUCAAAACACUGGGCUGAAUGAGUUUCGGUUAUCCUGACAACACUGCUGCAAUGUAUUGACGCUAAAUCCCAAAGCCUGUUGUAAAUCUGUCAGAAAGAGUGCUGCUGUAUAUCUUCCAGCAAGAUUCAUGGCUGUUCAUUUGGACACUUGUUUUUACAAACCAUGGAUAUUACUUAUGAUGGUUUUAAAGGAAAACUAUGGUACAGUUAGGAAAUUCCUUUGGGCAAAAACAUCCUCUCUGAUUAUAAGCUUUUUUUUUCCAGCUCCACUAACCCUGCAGAGUGCUAAUCAGAGUGCUUUGGCAAGAUAAUUGCAAAGAAAUCACUGAACAGCAUGAAAAUAUGCAUUUCCCCAUGCCUUACAUCAACUAUGAAAAGGUGUUUAGUGAAAGAUCCAGGAUGGAAAUGAUUUUAUAUAUGUGCUUUAGCCUGUUCUGCUGAUCAGAUAUUAUUUUGCUUUGGUUAAAAUUAUACUCAUGAGAUGUUCAGGGAAAAUGUCAACAGAACAAAUUGUGAAGCUAUCAUUUAACAUUAGGCGAGGGAGUGAUUUGCUGCAGUAUUUGUUUGAUUUUCUUUUUCCUUAUGCCAUAAAAUGUAAAUGCUCUCCAUAUUGAUGACAAGUUUACUAAAAAAAAAACAAAAAAAAACAGUUGUACAAAUAUAUAUUUAUGUAUUCACCAAGGGUUUGCCUUCAGAUGAUGAGUGUUCACAUCUCAAGUAAAUGACAGACAGGUUCGCCCCACCUCCGUUGCCUCUAGCCAAAAACAACUUGCACUUUCUGCUGCAAAGGCUUUUUAUUCCCAUAAAGAAUUCUACAUAAGACAGAUAUUGUUCAGUUUCAUUUCUGAUCCGCCCUGCCUGUCUGUGUGCACAGAUGCUCCACAGACGUACUUAAUGUAUACUUUGACUUAAAGGCGGCAGUAUUAGUGGGAUACUUUGUGUCAGUGUUUUUUGUUGGGUCUUACAUGUAAAUAUGCAUGCUUAUUUGAGUAAAGCUGAACUGUUUUAAUAUUUGGCAGGUGUGGAGCCAUUUACAAACUGAUAUCUUGGGCUUUUUUUGUCCCUUGUCUCAUUUAUUUACAUAACUUUCAAUCCAGGCCUGAGUAUGGGCUAUGAGAAAAUGUUUAAACAGUACAUAAGAGCUGUUUCAGAAGUUGAGAGACAACACCAAAAAAAGACAAACUCCACUCUCAGGAUAUGAAACUACUGCAGGAAAUCUGCAUUUCAAUGCUAACAGGUUUUUGAUCAUUUCAAAUUACAGGGAUAAUCAUGUGCUAUUUGGAGGGGAAAUUAAGUUUGCAUGAACAAUAGUCAUUAAAGCAGAAAUGAAGACUCAUAAAGAGCAGAGAAUAUUUCAAGUCUUAAUUUGUAUAUUUUCAUUUGUUGAAUGGCAGACAAGUCAUAUAAUGCGAUACAGGAGUGAUUACUGUGUAUGAAUCAGGCUUCAGCAGAACAGUCAAAACCAAAACUCAUGUGAUACUGUACUCUAACCCCAGUGUCUUGGAUGGAGAGGGAGGGGGACGGGGGAGGUCCUCCCUCACAUCAGUUUGCUCACCUCAGGUUCACCUGUCUUUGACCCAGUCAGAGAGUUUGUUUGAACCAGCAGUGGAUCUCUGCUGAUCCCUGUUUUGUAACGCCUUCAAUUUUACAGUGGAUACUUGUAACCGUCUGUUGUGAACUGUUGUGACCGCUGACCUGUUCCUAACCUGAUCCUGUUGUCAGCUUUUGGAUUAUUGCUUGAUUAAAACUCUUUAACAACA